AUGAUUGGGAAAUUAUGCAAACAAGAACAGGAGCAACAAGUGAAAAAAUUAAUUAUAAUUAUUUACACAUAUUAUAUAAAAUAUUAUAUAAAACUAAGUCAAAAUCUUAUUUAGUCUCAAAACCACCAAUAUUACAUAUGGAAGAAACAAUUGUUACAAAUAAUAGCAUAACAUUUUUAUGGAAGAUUGAAAAAGGCAACGAUAAUUGUGCUUUAAAAUUUUUAAAAGUUAUGUGUAAUGCUACAAUAAUAAAUGGAUAUGGUUACAAAAUUAAGAAUGGAAAAACUGAAGUACCUAUAAAUUCUAAUAGUACUAAUACUAUAAAUACUAAUAUUCAAGAUAAAUAUCUUGUAAAGUUAAUGAUAAAAGAUAUCAGUCCAUUUACUACAUAUAUAUGUUGGGAAUAUGUUUUUAAUGAAGCAGGGAAUAGUGAAUUAGUACCAUCUACACCUUCGCUUAAUGUUACAAAUAUAACAUAUUCCCAGUUUAUAUUUGUUUGGAAACCACCGUCAUAUUUUGCAGGAAAUUUACUUGAAUUUGAACUUAUAGUUGAAGCAGAAAUAUGUUUCCCUAUUCCUGAUUGGUGCAAACAAAUAGCCAUUGAAUACUUUAAUGGAUCUACAUUUAUUUUUGAAUAUUUUAAUGCAACAGCAUUCACAAAUUAUAAAUUAUAAAGUAAAAAUUAAAGCAAGAACUGCUGUAGAAUAGGAAAAUUGUAACAAUAACUUAGAAUUGUUUAAAACACCAAAUAGAGUUCCAGGGAUAAUAUCUAAUUUUUCAUAUUUAAUUAUAAAUAAUAAAAAUAAUAUAAAUAUUUUGGAUUGAGCAUUCCAUAUUCUUUAAAUGGAAUAUUGGAAUAUUUUAAUGCGUUUGUUGACAUAGCAUCAAGUAUGAGAUUUAACAUAACGGAUCAUACAUGACCAAACAUAUCUUCUUGGGAAGAAGCUAUGUUACAAAACAAUACCUUCAGGCUAAAUUAUGGUGGGAUCCUUAUCGUAGGUGAUAAACUUUUUAAAUUUAUACUUAAAUUUAAUUAAGAAUAUAUAAUUUUUUAUGUACAUUUUUGCAGACAAUUCUAUUACUAAUUAUGGAGAUGUAAAAGCAGUAAAAUAUACAUUUGAUGAAGACAUAAAUUGUAAAGAAAUUUCAUCUCGCUAAAACAAUUUAUUGUAAUCGUAAUGUCGGUGAAAAUCAGUAAACAUUACGUAGAAAUAAUUCAUAAAAUAAAUCAUUUUUGAUAAAUAAGUUGUUCAUGAAAGAUAUAAAGUAUAUCAUUUAUUGAAUUUAGAAAUUAUUGAAAUCAGUAAAUUGUUCGCUUUAAAAAGUAUAAAACAUUUUUCAUAAAUAUCUCGAAAACUAGACUGAAGUAGCGAUAACAUGUAUAAAAGGAAAAAAUUGGUCAGAAUGAUAACCUCGGCAACAUAUUUCAUGAUCAUUGAAAAGGAGUCCUCUUUUCUAGAUAAUUAUCGAAGAUUUUAAUAUUAAACAAUUUAUUCGCAAAAAUAAUUUAUUGAUUCUUUUGUAGAAAAUAAAUUAAACAAUUUAUAUAAAUUUAUAAUUGUUACUUAUAAAUAAAUAUAAAAUAAAAAAUAUAAAAAGUUAUAUAAUAUUUUUAUAAUAAACUGUAUAAAUAUAAAUAUAAAUAUAU